AAAAUAAGAAAGGAAUUACCUAAUCCAUGGCGGCGAUUUUACGCAAUGAAAGAUAUAGUAAGAGUCAUCAUAUAUUAUCAAUUAAACCUAAUUAAUUUUUCAUAGGCAGCGCUCUUCCUUGCUCAGAAACAAAUCCGCCGCAGCAACCUACAGCACACAAUGGUGACAACAAGGCAAGGCAAAAGGAACUCAUACACAAUCAGAGGCACCGACACGACCGUUACAGUUGGAGACUAUGUUUUGCUACGCCCUACCGAAGGGAACAGACCAACUGUGGCCCGUGUGGAGAAAUUUGAGCAGGAUAACAUGGACAGAAAAAGAGUCCAUGUAAGGAGGUUCUAUCGGCCUGAAGAAACCGUUGGAGGACGCCAAUGUUUUCAUAGAAAUAAGGAGCUGUUUUUGUCCGAUCAUUACGAUGUUCAUAGUGUUGACACAAUUGAAGGGAAGUGUUUUGUGCACGCUUUCGGCAAGAGGCUUGCAUAUGAAACUGCUAACGAUUACUUUUGUAGGUUUCCGCAAUAAUUUGCUACUGGGCGUUUGACACCUACUGCAGAAUAUUGAGUAUUUUAUGAGAUUUUCUGAAAGAAAAACUGUUGAUUAUGAUUUUAUGUUUUGAAGAUUUUGAAAAUGCGAGAUGCCUUAUAACCUGGAUAGGUGAAUUGCAAUGAACGGUGAAUUGAAUUUUGGUUUUGUGUGAA